AUGCUCCUGGACGCGGGGCCGCAGUUCCCGGCCAUCGGGGUGGGUAGCUUCGCGCGCCACCAUCACCAUUCGGCCGCGGCGGCGGCGGCGGCUGCUGCCGAGAUGCAGGACCGCGAACUGAGCCUGGCCGCGGCGCAGAACGGCUUCGUGGACUCGGCGGCCGCGCACAUGGGCGCCUUCAAGCUCAACCCAGGCGCGCACGAGCUGUCCCCCGGCCAGAGUUCGGCGUUCACGUCGCAGGGCCCCGGCGCCUACCCCGGCUCUGCCGCGGCUGCCGCCGCCGCCGCCGCGCUCGGGCCCCAUGCAGCGCACGUCGGCUCCUACUCUGGGCCGCCUUUCAACUCCACCCGGGACUUCCUGUUCCGCAGCCGCGGCUUCGGGGACUCGGCGCCCGGCGGCGGACAGCAUGGGCUGUUUGGGCCAGGAGCCGGCGGCCUGCACCAUGCGCACUCGGACGCGCAGGGUCACCUCCUCUUCCCUGGCCUCCCGGAGCAGCACGGGCCGCACGGCUCUCAGAAUGUGCUCAACGGGCAGAUGCGCCUGGGGCUGCCGGGCGAGGUAUUCGGGCGCUCGGAGCAGUACCGCCAGGUGGCCAGCCCGCGGACCGACCCCUACUCAGCGGCGCAGCUCCACAACCAGUACGGCCCCAUGAAUAUGAACAUGGGUAUGAACAUGGCAGCGGCCGCGGCCCAUCACCACCACCACCACCACCACCCUGGUGCCUUUUUCCGCUACAUGCGGCAGCAGUGCAUCAAGCAGGAGCUCAUCUGCAAGUGGAUCGACCCGGAGCAGCUGAGCAACCCCAAGAAGAGCUGCAACAAAACUUUCAGCACCAUGCACGAGCUGGUGACCCACGUUUCCGUGGAGCACGUCGGCGGCCCGGAACAGAGCAACCACGUCUGCUUCUGGGAGGAGUGUCCGCGCGAGGGCAAACCCUUCAAGGCCAAAUACAAACUGGUCAACCACAUCCGCGUGCACACAGGCGAGAAACCCUUCCCCUGCCCCUUCCCGGGCUGCGGCAAGGUCUUUGCGCGCUCCGAGAACCUCAAGAUCCACAAAAGGACCCACACAGGGGAGAAGCCGUUCCAGUGUGAGUUCGAGGGCUGCGACCGGCGCUUCGCCAACAGCAGCGACAGGAAGAAGCACAUGCACGUCCACACCUCCGAUAAGCCCUAUCUGUGCAAGAUGUGCGACAAGUCCUACACGCACCCCAGCUCGCUGCGGAAACACAUGAAGGUCCAUGAGUCCUCUCCGCAGGGCUCCGAGUCCUCCCCAGCCGCCAGCUCAGGCUACGAGUCGUCCACGCCCCCGGGGCUGGUGUCCCCCAGCGCCGAGCCGCAGAGCAGCUCUAACCUCUCCCCGGCGGCGGCGGCGGCGGCGGCAGCGGCGGCGGCGGCGGCGGCGGCCGUGUCCGCGGUGCACCGGGGCGGAGGUUCGGGCGGCGGCGGCGCGAGCGGCGGCUCCGGCGGAGGCAGCGGCGGCGGGGGCGGCGGCGGGGCGGGCGGCGGGGGCGGCGGCGGCAGCGGCGGCGGGGGCAGCGGGACAGCCGGGGGCCACAGCGGCCUCUCCUCCAACUUCAAUGAAUGGUACGUGUGA